AUGGAAUCUCUCACUCCCCUCUUUGUCCGCCAGAGAUUCCUCCAAAGCAAGCUCGACAUCUACGGCGCGCGCUAUGCCGAACACAUCAGGACUCUUGACGAGGAUCGCCAAAUUGCGCAGCAGUUCAGUCCCAAGAUGAUGAAAGCAUUCGACCAGCAUCAGCGCUUCGAAAUGUUCAGAUUAAAAGAACGUAUUGGCGAGAUCAUGGACAAGAUCGAAGAUGUCCAGAAGAAGAUUGAGCACAAGCUUGAGGAGCUGAGGGGUCUUUGGAUUCUUUAA